CAAAAGCUACUGAAGCCGGACGAAAAUAUACCAAAAUGGCUCUUUUUUCGAGAGUUUUUCGCCUAGGUAGACGAACCACCCAGAAUGCAAUAACUGGGGCUUUUGGACGGACAUUUUCGACUAGUCGACAUCUUGCAGGGGCUACUCUGACAGUUAGGGAAGCACUUAAUAAUGCUAUGGACGAAGAGAUGUCAAGAGAUGAGAAUGUCUUUCUUCUGGGCGAAGAAGUUGCUCUGUACGAGGGUGCAUACAAAGUUAGCAAAGGUCUUUAUAAGAAGUUUGGUGACAAGCGCAUCAUAGACACACCUAUAAGUGAGAUGGGUUUUGCUGGUAUUGCUGCUGGUGCUGCAAUGGCUGGUCUUAAACCAAUAUGUGAGUUCAUGACCUUCAACUUUGCUAUGCAAGCUAUUGAUCAAGUUAUCAACUCUGCUGCUAAAACAUACUAUAUGUCAGCAGGAGAUGUUCCAGUACCCAUUGUGUUCAGAGGACCAAAUGGAGCUGCAGCUGGUGUAGCUGCACAGCAUUCACAGUGUUAUGCUGCCUGGUAUGGUCACUGCCCUGGAUUAAAGGUUGUGUCACCUUAUUCAGCUGAAGAUGCCAAAGGUUUACUCAAGUCAGCUAUCAGGGAACCAAACCCAGUUGUUGUACUUGAGAAUGAAAUCAUGUAUGGUGUUCCUUUUGAAAUGUCUGAUGAGGCCAUGAGUAGUGACUUCCUUAUUCCUUUGGGCAAGGCCAAAAUAGAGCGACAAG